UCGAAAAUGUGCAGUAAACUUCAUAGUGCAUGUGCAAAAUAAAUAAAAGAUGUUUUGUCGUGCUGAUAUUUAUUUAUAUUUCACUAUUUUAGUGGUAAUUAGUUGUAUUACAAAUGUAAUUAGUCUUGAAAAUGAUGAUGAUCCAUCAUCAGAUUUAUACAUGAUUGAAGGAAAAGUUUUUCCAUGGAAAAAUAGUGGAGAUUCAAGUUGGCAGACAAUGACUCAUGUCAUGGCAAAUGGAGGUGAAUAUUAUGGAUUUCUCAGAGAGGAUGGAACAUUUACUAUUUCCAAUGUACCUUCUGGAUCAUAUAUUGUUGAAGUUGUUAAUCCAGAUUUUGCAUAUGAACCAGUCAGAGUUGAAAUUAAUUCAAAAGGUAAAUUUAGAGCAAGAAAAGUCAAUCUCAUACAAACAUCCCAAGUUGUCCAAGUGCCAUAUCCACUCAAGAUGAAAGCAGCGACUCCAUUUAAAUAUUUUCAAGUUCGUGAACAAUGGAGGGUCACAGAUUUUCUCUUCAAUCCAAUGGUUUUAAUGAUGAUUUUGCCUUUAAUAUUGGUUGGAGUUUUACCAAAGAUCAUGAAUGAUCCUGAAACUAGAAAGGAAAUGGAACAACUUAAUAGUUUAACGAGUUAUCAAAUGCCUGAAAUGUCUGAAAUGAUAACAUCAUUUUUAUCUGGUGGAGAAAGACCAAAAUCUAAGGCUGUUAAAGCUGCAAAAAAACGUCAAUAAAAAAUAAUUGUUAUAAUAAUUUUAAAAUAUAUAAAAUACUAUUUAUAAUUAAACUCACUUCAAAUUAGUUAAAACGAAAAUAAGAAAAUGUAAAAUAUUAAAAUACAUCAAAUUAAAUCAUGUUUACAGAUAAUUACUGUUUAUACUUUUAUUUAAUUGAAGAAUUUAUUAAUUUUAUCAUUAACACCAGCAGUAAAAGCACAUGUAUAUUUUGUAAGACAGAAAAGAAAAAAAAUGUCGAAUAAUGAUAGGCAUUUUAUUCGUUUAUAAAUAGAUUUAGAAUAGACAUUUAAAAAAACAUAUUUAUCUAUUCUACUAUAUAUUUAUCAAUUUCCAUACCUAUACAUGUUAUUUUAUCAACUGUGUUGUCGUUGUUGUUUAUUAUAUUUCUCUAUCAUAAAGAAAGACUUGACCGCGUUUCAUUGGUAAUCUGAUUAGUCAAAUUUUUUUAGUAUUCGUUUAGAAUUAUUCUUUUAUUAUUUUUUCCCUUACAUUGACACGUUGUUGUGGGGUUGCUACGUUUAUUUAUUAGCAAUUUAUUUAUAAGAUAGUUAUAAGAGUUAAAAUAAUAAAAGUAAUAAAUAAAAAUUAUAAUUAUGAUGAAUAAAUAAAUUAUAAUAAAGAUACACGAGAAUAUAUACAAUCAA